AUGGAAGUCAGUAAGCUACGCAUUCCGGAGUUGGUGGCGGUAUGCGAGGAGCUUGGUAUAAGCGUGGGGCAGGCAAAGCGAAGGAAGCCGAUCAUGGAGCUACUUCGCGAAAAGGAAGUGUCCGACGUAGAGCUUCAGGAGGCUUGGGAGCUGAUUCGGGAGCGGAACGAAAAAGCGAAGGCUGAACGGGAGCGGGACGAAAGAGCGAAGGCUGAAAAGCAGGAGCGGGACGAAAAAGCGAAGGAGGAACGCGAGAAGCGGGCUCAUGAAUUAGAACUCAAAAGGUUAGAGGUAUCGAAAAUUGAGGCUGAGCGUUCAGGUCGUCCUGGAUCGGGUGUGCGGCUGGCGGAGAGAGUCAAGAUUAAGGACCUAAUGCAGCCCUACAAACUUGGAGAAGACAUUGGUCUUUUCCUGGUCAACUUCGAGAGAAGCUGCGAGCGAGCAGGUUUCGCGCGCGAAGACUGGCCUCAGUAUUUGUUGACGCUGUUGCCCUGUGAGGCGGCCGACGCGGUUGCGAGGUUAAGUGGAGAGGAGGCCGAGAGCUACGAAAGCUCGAAGGCCGCACUUCUUAAGAAGUACCGUCUUUCGACAGAGGCGUUCCGCCAGCGCUCCCGCACGGCGACUAAGAAGGGAACGGAGUCCUUUCCCGAUUUUGUGUACACCCUGAAGGCUAACCUGGUAGAAUGGUUAAAGAGCUCAGACGUGUACGGGGAUCAUGAUAAGGUGAUCGAGUGCCUUGCGGUAGAGCAGUUUUUACGAGGCAUUCCGGAGACCGUCAGGUUCUGGGUCCAAGACAGGGACCCAGAAAUGAACCUCCGGAAGGUGGCAGAUCUCGCGGAGGAAUACUCCAUGCGCAGGGGUCUAGACAAAGACAAAUCGGGACAAACGCGCUCAUGGCGAGAUGGCCAGAAAGAGUUUCGGUCGUUAAAGGAAGACUCUGGAAAAGGAUUUCUUAGGAGGGGAAACAUGAGGGAUGUCCCAGAUGAUAGAGAGUCGCAGAAGGAGGGGGGAGCCGUCGAUAAAGAAAAGAGAGAAAUGCCUGGAAAUAACGCGCGAGCCUUCGAAGCGAAGAGGCCAGUUCGGUGUUUCCGGUGUCAAAAACAAGGGCACAUCGUGGCCAACUGCCCCGAGAAGGUUGUGUUCUCGUAUGUUGCAGAGGGCGCCGACAACAGCGCCCUACUGGCUCCGUACACGAAAGAAAUGCUAGUGAACGGCCAAGCUUGCACGGUGCUUCGCGACUCGGCAGCAACAAUGGAUGUAGUGCACCCUUCUUACGUCGAGUCGGGUGACUACACCGGCGAGUGCGCCUGGAUAAAGCAAGUAGUAGAGGAACACAGCGUAUGCCUUCCGAUUGCGAAAAUCUGUAUCAAGGGGCCUUUUGGCGAGCUCAUCACUGAGGCGGCAGUCUCGAAGAACUUGCCUCAACACUACCCGUACUUGUUCUCGAACAAGUCGGAGCUGCUGCUUCGCGAGCAAGGAAAGACUUUCGCGGAGGAGACAGUAAUGGCACUAACGCGAUCCCAAGCAAGAAAGCUCUCAUCAAGGUUAAGAUACGAACCUAACGAGGAGGAGGGUCGGUCCGCGGCGCGCGAGGAGCUGGUCGACGGAAAACCUGCAGGCGCGGCAAAUCAAGAGAACUUGCGAUCGGAGGAUGCCGCGAGGAGUUCCCCACCAGAUCAGCAGUAG